UGGAGGGGAGGAGCUAGGACAAGCGCAGAGAGAUAAACCCACUCUGAAACCACUAGAAUAAGGGAUAAAAACACUGAAAACCUUCGUCCAACCCUUCGCCCGCCAUUGUUUUAAAUUCAUCACCACAUUAAGGAGAGGGAGGCCAAGCCAGGAUGAACGGCGAGUCAGGUGCCGGAGUGGUGACGGCCCCGCCGCCCACCACAGCCCCGCACAAGGAGCGCUACUUUGACCGGGUGGAUGAGAGCAGUCCCGAGUACCAGAGGGAGAGGAACAUGGCGCCUGACCUGCGACAGGAUUUCAACAUGAUGGAGCAGAGGAAAAGGGUUUCCAUGAUCCUGCAGAGCCCAGCGUUUUGUGACGAGCUGGAGACGAUGAUCCAGGAUCAGCUGAAGAAGGGGAAGACGCCCACCAGCCUGCUGGCGCUGCAGCAGAUCGCUGACUUCAUGACCACCAACAUGCCUUCCAUGUAUCCCGCUGCACCCCAAGGAGGAAUGGCAGCGCUCAACAUGAGUUUGGGGAUGGUGACUCCGGUCAAUGAUCUGCGUGGCUCAGACUCCAUUUCCUACGACAAGGGCGAGAAGAUACUCCGCUGCAAGCUGGCUGCCUUCUAUCGACUGGCCGACUUGUUCGGCUGGUCCGAGCUCAUCUACAACCACCUCACAGUCAGGGUGGGCUCGGACGAGGAGCGGUUCCUUCUCGUCCCCUUCGGGCUCCUUUACAGUGAAGUCACUGCUUCCAGUCUGGUGAAGAUUAACAUACAGGGUGAAAUAGUGGACCGGGGAAGCACCAACCUGGGAGUCAACCAGGCCGGCUUCACCCUCCACUCCGCCAUCUAUUCUGCACGCCCUGAUGUCAGAUGUAUCGUACAUAUUCACACAGCAGCAGGCGCUGCGGUUUCGGCCAUGAAAUGUGGGCUGCUGCCCAUCUCACCCGAGGCGCUGUCACUGGGUGAGGUGUCCUAUCAUGACUACCACGGUAUACUGGUGGAUGAGGAGGAAAGCGCCAUCAUCCAGAAGAACCUGGGGCCGAACAGCAAGGUUCUCAUCCUAAGGAAUCAUGGUUUGGUUUCUGUUGGAGAAACAGUGGAGGAGGCUUUUUAUUACAUCCACAACCUGGUCACUGCCUGUGAGAUUCAGGUGCGAACACUGGCCAGCGCUGGGGGUCCAGAUAAUCUGGUGAUGCUGGAUCCGGCAAAGUAUAAGUCACGCCCGCGGGUCCCUGAACCUGCCGGGGAUGGGUCUGCAACACACCCUAAGUGGCAAAUUGGGGAGCAAGAGUUUGAGGCCCUCAUGAGAAUGCUCGACAACUUGGGCUAUCGGACGGGCUAUCCUUACCGCUGCCCGGCACUGCGAGACAAAGGUAAAAAGUACAGUGACGUGGAGAUGGCCUCCUCCGCCCAUGGUGGUUACACAUAUGGGGAGGACAGUGACUCCGGUGCUCGCUCCCCACUGAAACACAGCUUCCAGCGCGGCCAGCGUGACAAGACCCGCUGGCUUAAUGCCAGCGGACGGCCCGACGAGCCCUUCGAGGACGGGCCCGACGGCAACAGCCCCAAGUCGAAGCCUAAGUGGAAUAAGGAGGAUGGACUCCGCCAGGCUGCCGUAGCCAAUCAGUUCAUUCCAAUGAACACAAAUCCAAAGGACGUCCUGGAAAUGAGAAAUAAGAUCCGGGAGCAGAACUUACAGGACAUAAAGACAGCAGGGCCCCAGUCUCAGGUUCUGUGUGCCAGCUCUGUCGGGGACCGCGCCUUCAAUCAGGGCGAACUUGUGACCGCAUCCAAGGCUAUUAUCGAAAAGGAGUACCAGCCCAAGGUUAUCGUCAGCAAGCAGGGUCCAAACCCCUUCACCAAGCUCACCGACCAGGAGCUGGAGGAGUACCGCCGAGAGGUGGAGCAGAAACAGAAAGGAGGUGAAGAGCCUGGAGCGGUUGACGAGGGUCAGACCUCCACACCUCCGCAUUCGCCCGACUCUCCCAACGCGGGGAAACCCAAGCCCCCAGCUCCCACCCCAGCGUCCGAGCAGAGCUCCCCCCGUCAGAGCCUGUCAGGAGAGCCCAUGCCAGCUCCGAGUGGCGCCGACUCUGCCGGGACAUUAGCGGACGAUGUUUUUUCAGCCACAGACGAGGGGUUUUCGGCUCCGGGUUCGCCGCAGAAGGAGUUCCACAGUGCCGUGCUGCGAGCCCUCAGCAAGGAGCCGCUGGCGGUAGAGGCAGCUAAGGCAGAUCAGGCUCCAGGUGAUAAAUGGCUCCGAACUUCUGAUUUUCCUUCAGAUCCAGAGCAACUGAUGGAGUCAGAGGAGGAGGCCAAAGGCCCAAAAGCUACGUCCACACCACCCAGCACCCCAGUCAGAGCGGAAGAGGAGUCUCUGCCAGAACUGACCUAUAAGGAUGAGAGCGACGCGGCCACCCUGAGACAGACCCUUCCAGAUCUAACCCCCGACGACCCCUCCGACGCUCCAGCGCUCCCCGCUGAGGACUCCGCCCCCACGCCGGCCCCAGCAGACGCAGCCGAGGCGGAGGACCCCGCUGAGCCUGGAGACCAGGACGGGGACGAGUCUCCCAGCAAGUCGCCCUCCAAAAAGAAAAAGAAGUUCCGCACUCCUUCCUUCCUAAAGAAAAACAAAAAAAAGACUGAGUCGUAGAUGGAGAAUGUUGGAUCGGUCCUCAAGGCUGGCGUCUGCCUCUCUCCAUUUUAGCUUUUUGUCUUUCGCCAUUUCACCCUUUGAGCGAGCCACACUUACACGCAGUUAUGCUUUUUGUUGUUUUGAUAUAAUUUGCCGCUGGCUUAUUAACCCAUUUUCCUUGUUAGUGUGUGCCAAUUUUGUAUACAUUGUAAAAACGAUUGCUUAAAGGUUUUUAAUUGAUAGAGGCUUUUGGCUUUGAGUGAUCUAUUGAGCUGUCUUGUCCACUCCACCUGACCUUUUAUGCAUGUCUACUACUGCAGACCCACACAUUCUGUCAGACAGUAGGGUUUUAUCCCACUUUUUUCUUUAUUCUCUAUGUAUUAUUUAACCAUUGUAACCACUAGAAUGUAUUGGGAUUGUACUAAACUAUGUCGGAAGUGUCUUUAGGAAAAAUGCACCAUUGCAGAAAGAGCAGCUCGGACUGGCUCACUAAUCUGGAGGCAAAUUCAAACACUGAAAACCACCAAUGCUACUUUUACUGCUUGUAUCCCUGAAACUAUACAUUCAUCUAAUUACAUGUCGGCGGACGAUGAGAGCCACAGACAGAUUGUGUUAAAGUUAAGGAGUGGUUUUCAAUUAAAUCAUUACAAAAUGUUUAAGCUUAUUCACGCUUUUUUUAAAACUCCAUCUUCUUCCAACAAGAUGUUCACACGAACCAUUAAUAUUUUUUUAUCUUUCUGUAAUCAUUGAAAAAAAAUAUAUUCAUUUGUCACCAUUUAUGCAAAACUGAAGACAAUAUUGUGAGAACCUCUGAUGUGGAUUGUAGUUCACAUGGGUUUUUCCAUGCCUGGUGUGCUUUUUAAGUGGAGGCUUGAUGCGGCGUUAUUGCCUCUGGCUGUAAGUCUGUUGAUGAAGGAAUGUGUACAUUUGUAUUUAGCAUUCGGAUGACUUGGGCUUUGCCUUUGUUUUGGAUUUGCUUUUUAUUCUCGAUUUCUGGUCCAUGCUUAAGUCAUAAAUCGGCAUCAGUUCCACGUAUAACUAAAUGAAAUGCCUUUAGUUUUUGAUCAUGUCUGUUUUCUUUUUUUUUCUCCCUCGUGCUUUUCGUUAAAAUAAACUGAGUCAUGAGUAUUUGCUGUGAGGUGGCACAGUGACCCUCACUGUCUAAACCACUGUUUCAACCACUCGUGAUCAAAUCUGGAAGACGUGAAAGCACUGUGGUGGCAAAGCUGCAUGAUCAAUCAUAUCUCAUCAGUUCCCUUUAGUUAAACACUAUUCUUAGCAGAAAGCACUGAAUACAUGUUUGUUUUUUUGUUUUUUUACCUGUGUACAGCAAAGAUGGCAAACUUGGGAGAAAUCUUCCUUUUAAAAUAAAAUUGUUUUAUGUUUUUGUUUCGUCACUGUAAUCGGUAGAUUGCAGAGGAGUUCAGUUUGGAAGCUGCAGGGGCAUUAAUACUCGGCCAUUUUUUGUUUUUCCAUCUGGGGAACGGUGUAAGAUCUGACCUGCAUCUAAAGUGCGGCCCUUGAUCGACACAUGCUUUACUCAAAGCACUACUUUACAGAAGAAAUCAAAUGUGAACAUCCUGAAGGAUUCAAUAUGACGUGCCCAGAGUGUGCUGACCCCAUUGUAUUUUAUUUAGUUUUAUUUGCUUUUGUGUGCUGGUAAUAAUGUCCCAAAAGUCAUUUCGGUCAACAUGAAGUAACUGAAACUGUUUCUUCUGUUUUAAGUUAUACUGGUUUGUCUCAUCACUAUUCCAUCUACAGACUAAUCACCUUUUUUUUGUGUUUGUUGUAUUUUUUUUGUCAUGCUUCUGCCUCUUAUACAACCGUGAAUAAAAACAAACAAAAAACUACCUAAAAAA